AUGAGCUACUACUAUGGCAACUACUAUGGUGGCCUGGGCUGUCGAUGUGGAAGCCUGGGCUGUGGCUAUGGCCUAGGCUAUGGCUGUGGUUACAGUGGCUUCAGAGGCCUAGGGUGGGGCUGGGGAGGCCACAGAUAUGGCUGCUGCCGUCCAUCAUGCUAUGGAGGUUAUGGAUUUUCUGGCUUUUAUUGA